AUGAUGACUGAAGACUCUGUGGAGACCAGUCCUGCUGCUGGUGCUGAUAACACAUCACCCCUCUCAACAGAACCUAAGGAAGAUGAACCAGAGCAAGCAGCUGCCUCCACAAUAGACCUGGUCUCAGUAACAGAGGAAGACCUCCCCACUGUCAAGACCCCCACCAGUCUGAACAUCAGCCCCCUGGACAGCUUUGUUACUGACCCCCAGUCAGAGAACUAUUGCACUAAACCUGCAAAUCCAGCUGCACCCAGCCCAGCCAUGCCCAUUACCAAAGUGCAACCGUUUAUGCAUGAAGAUGGCAUGGACAUGAGCUGGAAGGCCAGAAUCUUGGCACAUCGCUUUGAAGUGCUGGUAUUUGCUGUAUGCUGUAUCCUGGGGGUGGCUCUCCUUCUCAGCAUUGGCCUUGGAGUGGGCCUGAGCUGUUAUGGGAGGUUUCAGUGUGGCUCCUCAUCGCAGUGCAUCAACAAAGUUCACUUGUGUGAUGGGAUACUGCACUGCAACAAUGGGGAAGAUGAACUUGGCUGUGUGCGUCUGAGUGGCAGAAGUUCGGUCCUGCAGGUUCAGACACAGGGAAAAUGGAGGACAGUCUGCUCAGAGGAUUGGAACAACAGGCUGGGCAGAUCUGCCUGCAAGCAGCUUGGAUACUCCAGUUAUGUGGAAUCUUUCUUCAUCUCUCUGACUUUCAUUGAGAAGGACCUUCAAACCGACCUGAUGUCCAUCCACUGGAACAAGUCACAGAUAAUCAAACUUCAGGAUGCUCCAUCUGUCAGUAAGAUGCAGUGCAACUCAGGGCUGGUGACCACCCUCAAAUGUCUGGACUGUGGGUCCAGGCCUCAGUACAGCUCACGUAUUGUUGGAGGUGAAAUUGCCAAACCAGGCCAGUUCCCCUGGCAGGUCAGCCUCCACUUCAGGAAUGAACACCUGUGUGGAGGCUCCAUCAUAUCAUCAUACUGGAUCCUCACUGCAGCGCAUUGUGUGUAUGGGUUUAUAAACUCAUCCAUGUGGACGGUCCACGUGGGGCUGACGGAGCAGCUGCUUCACGGGGCCCAGGCUCUGGCUGUUGAGAGAAUAUUAUACCAUACUCGCUACCGACCCAAAGGACUGGACUACGACAUCGCACUGAUGAAGCUGGCCAAACCACUCCAAGUUAAUGGCUCUGUGCAGCCUAUCUGCCUGCCCAGCCAUGGAGAGGAGUUUAAGGAGGGCACCCUGUGCUGGAUCUCUGGUUGGGGCGCAACAGAGGAAGAUGGAGACACUAGUGUGGUUCUGCGCUCAGCCAAGGUACCACUCAUCUCCAACCAGAACUGCAGCAAACCAGAGGUUUACAAGGGCUUACUCUCCUCCUGGAUGAUCUGUGCAGGAUACCUGGAGGGAGGAACUGACUCCUGUCAGGGGGACAGCGGAGGUCCUCUUGCCUGUGAGGACUUGUCUCUGUGGAAGCUAGUUGGAGUAACCAGUUGGGGGAUUGGCUGCGCUCAAAUAAACAAGCCGGGCGUUUACACCCGCAUCACACACGCUCUCAGCUGGAUCCACAAACAGAUGGAGAAAGAAGAGGCUCUGAGAACAGACAACUGAACCCUGUCACCUCCAGUCACCACGCUGGACGUUUCCACAUC